UCUAAAACACGCCCACAGCAGCAGCAUCACCCUGCUGCACCACCAAGAGAGAAAGAGAAAGCAGCGUAUACUCCCAUCUCUCACUCUCCCCCUCUUCUCUCUGUCGGUCUCAUUCUGCCUCAUACACAAACACACACAUAGACAAACACGUGCUGCAGGGAAGAUCUGAGUAUUAGGUCGCUGAGCAUUCAGGCACCACCUCCCCCCUUUCCUUCUUCUGAUUUCUUUCUCACUCCCUCUCCCUGUUUAUCUUGUCUGUUCCGGCUGUAUGGUUUAUUGUUGCGUCAGAGCCGAGGAGAGCCAGCGAGAAGCAUGCCCGGGGAGAGCACUCACAAAUCUGUUCCCGCUGACAAGCAUCCAGAGCAAGGAGCUGAGGAGACUGGGCUCCCUGGAACAGACAUGACCAUACACCCAUCAACUGACUCCAGCCCUAGUGACAGUGGCUCCUGCCCUAGUGACAGUGGUUCUAGCCCUUCUCCCAGUACUCCUCAGAAGCUACUCCCAGCAAGCACCUCUCCAUUUGGACCAAGACUCUAUCAUGCAACACCUAGCUCCUCUGGUAAUCCAAGACCUCAACCUGAAGGCUCUGACCAUCGCAGCAACAACACACACAGAUUGUCUGGAAAGUUAGGUGGUCAUGGACCAUGUGGUCGCUACAUCCCAGUCAAGAUGGAGAGAAUCAAGGUUCUCACUGGUUCUGAGGUGGAGAGUGACUAUCAAGAACCACAGACUAUUGACACAAGAGUGGUGAUGGGUCAAGAGACACGGCUCAAAACAACAGAGAUACAGAAAAGGCAACUCCCUGUUGAGCCAAGUGGUCAAGCUAUCCCUUUGCCAGCUUUCCCAAGCUUUUCAGAUCCACAGGCCAAAGUAAAUGAGACCCAGCUGGAAACCAGUAUAGAGGAAACCCAAGCCCAAAGCCCUCAUAAACAGCAGAAUUGUCAAAAAGACCCUGUGCAGCCCCCAACCGCACUCCCUGUCCUUUUGCACAACCCCCUGUGUACUUCUUCCUCCUCCCAAGAGCCAGUCACAACCGAUGACAAAUUGACAGACAACCAGGAAGAGGGUCAAACCCUUCCUCAAGAUGAAGUGCCUUCCCUUUCUUUUUCUGAGCUGACUUGUCCAGUUGCUUUGUCCUUCUCUGAGCCAACCUAUGUUGUUGACCCACUACGAGUGGGUGUGCCCUCAUCUCUCGACCCCGACCUGUACUACACUGCUCCAUCCACCCCAAUCAAAAUGGUUUCCCGCUCUUCAUACCUUAAACAUCACUCAUAUCCUGGCUCUCCAGUCUGCCCACUCUCCCCUGGUUCUCCCUCAGACAGUGAAGACCUAUGUUCCCCUCUCACAUCCCCUUCUGGUUCUUAUAUUACAGCAGAAGGAGGCAGCUGGGCCUCCUCUUACACAUCUUCCACCUCACCUUCAACUUCUCCCAAUCUGCUCCUUACAGAAGAAGCACAGGAAGCCCCUGCUUGCUUUGUGGGUUCCUUAUCAGAAAUUGGAGAUGAAGAUGGGGAGGAAAAGGGACGAGUAGGUCCAGAACAGGAGGAGGAAAUGGCAGGGGACUUCUGUCUAUACCGCCCAGAGGAUUUUGUCACAAAUUCAAGAAUAGAUAUAACAGGAACCAUGAUCCUUGAAGAGGAAGAGGCUCUAAAAGGGGAAGAGAUUAAGAUUUCCAGAGAAGGUUGCCAUCCAUGCUGGGUGACUGAGGAUACUUCGCCUCUGAGGAGUAGUAGUAGCCGUAGCAGUGACUCCCAGGAAGAUGAAGGAGAGUCUGAAAGCUCACUCUGCCCACUGGAAGAGACAGGUGCAAGGAGAGCAGAGUACUCUAGACCCAUGCAGACAGGCCUGAAACUUCAGCUGGAAGCAUGCAUAUCAAAGGAACAUUAUGAACAGAUGGAUGACCACCCAGAACUACCUUCCACUGCUUUGACUCCUGACACGGAGAACAUGACCAUGGCCUCAUCUAGCCUUAGCCCUGACUCGCCUCUCACACCCUUGGAUGCGUUCUGUCCUGGAGCCUUUGAUAGGCUUGGCCUCAGUUCCUUCAUGCUCUCCCAGGCAGCCUGUGCUGAUAUACCAGAGGAGGAAAGGAUGAUCCCUGCCUCUCUUAUCUCCUUCCCCCUCCACACUAGCCUCAUCUUUAAGGCUGAUUCAAUGGAAAUCACCCUGUUCCCCACAGAGGAAGACAAUGAAAUGGGAGAAAACAGCAGAAAUGAAGGAGAAGAUGUUGAUGCAUAUGCAGCAGGAGAGGAGGAAGCAGAUGUUGAAGAUGAUGAUGAAGAGGAUGAUGAUGAUUAUGAUUAUGAUGAUGAUGAUGAUGGUGAUGGAAAUGCUAAUGGCGCUGCUGACGGUGAUGAUGAUGAUGACAAUAAUGAAGAUGAUGACAAUGAUGACCAUGAUGAGGCAGGUGAUGAAGCUAAGGUAGAGGUGAAAGUGGUAGAAGAAGAGGAACACGAAGAGCAGGAAGAUGAUGAGGAAGAGUGUGAUAGCAAAGCAGUGGAGGAUCCUACAGAUGAGGACAGCUCAGCAUCCUUCCUUCAUUCACUUUCAGAGACAUCUAUUAAUGAGGGGUUGGAUGAAUCCUUUUGUUUCCAUGAUGAUACAGAUGACUCAUUAGAUUCUGCCUCCUAUAAUGGGGAGGAAGAUGAACGUCUGUACAGCACUGAGAGACAUGCACAAGCACCAGAACCCACAUCAGUAGGUGCAUUUGGUUCAAGUGAAAUCCAAGCAGAACCUGAACAGAAGUCUACCACUGGAACAAGUCCAAAUGAGCAUGCACAAGUGAGCACAGACAAACUAGUGGAUCACUCCAAAACUACCUGUGUCUGUGAACCCAUUUCUGAAGCAAUUGCUGCGCACCCCACAGGCAACAAUAUACAGCCCAAAUCUCUAGAUGCACCUAAGACCCCUGAACCCCAAUCAGACCCUGAUCUAGAAUCUGCCAGUGGAGUAGGUCAGACAAAACCUUUGCACACACAAGCGGGCACAAAUCACCAGAAACUGCCCAGUACUUCAGAAUCAAUUUCUUGUCAGCCACAGUCCUCUAGCAACCUGAAUGAGAGUGGGACUGAGAGUGAGAUGAUGGGUAUUUCUGGUUCUUCCCAUCCUCUUGAGCAGCCUAAAGACAGACCUUAUUUUAACCCUUCUACCACAUUUGUCUUUUGUGCUCCUCCAGGACCUCCUGCUGAGUUCCACAGCUGCCCUCCCUCUGCCACUUCCACACAGGAGAAAAUAGACCUUAACAGUCAAGUUCCUCCGGAAGAACUGGCAGAGGAAAUUACCCAAAUGAGAGAUGUCGAUGUAAAACAGUGCAGUGAUUAUUCGGGGGAAGAAGAACCAGAAAGAGACUCUUUUAAAUUGCUCAUCAAGCCUCGUCAUUAUAAAUCAGAAAGUCACAAGACUGUUGGAGCAACUAGACUUGCAUUAUCAAAGUCUUUCUCUAAAACAUCUGAUGUGCCCCUAGGGGCAGAGGCCAUGUGCAGGUCCAGUACUCACAGUGAGUUUGACGUUGAGCUUGACCAGAAGAAUGGCAAUGCCUCAGCUGAAAUGAUGAAUAUGGAAGGUAGAAACACUGAUUCUGGUCCCUCUCUGAAUUUGCCCUCUGCCACCAAUGACUUGAAUAAAGGUGUUCUCCUUGUGUCCUGCCCUAAAGACCCUAGUCCCAACCCCAGUAAUAUCUCUGUCUCUGCCACUCCAGAGGUCAUCUCAGAACUUUUUGACAAUUUGGCCCUGACCCCUGAACACUCCCCUGGUGACUCUGCCCAGGAGAACCUGAGGGAAAACACCCUGAGUACUGAUGAAGGAGUGCUUGGAGCUGUUGGAUCUCCACAGUCCCCCUUUGCUAUUUCACCCAAAAGGGAAAACUCGGAAACAGACACAAGCAGAGAGAUGGGUCCUGGAGCUGGGGUGUGGUGUGAUGACAGGAUGGGGCUAGGGUUAGGACUAGGAUUAGGAUCAGAGGAUGAGCUUGGUGUCUGGGGAGCAGGAGAGUCCCUGUCCCUGUCUCUGGGGAAGAGGUAUGAGUUAGAGGCAGAGAGUCUGCUCAUGUGUGACAUAGAGGGCACACAUACGGCCAUGGUUUCCAGCAAGGGUAGUGAAGCAUAUGAAAAUUAUGACAAUGUUCUGAGUUCUGUUCUGGAUGAGGAAGAUAACAACAGCCUGUGUGAAACAAGAGACCGGAUAGCGGAAGAAGAACUGGUAAAAGAGGGAGCUUCUGAAUCCAAAUUUGCCUGUUGGAAGUCUCUUGAGGAGAUCUCGGAAGCAGGAGCAGGUGAGGAUGGAAGCUCCAGAUUCUCAGAGGAUGAUGUCAGUAAUCUAAAUCCAGACAAUAAUGGAGGUAACACAGGCACAAAAAUACAAGACACUUGGGAGAAUUCUAGCAAUAACAAUGACUCCGCCUUUGACUCAUUGGAAGUAGCCAUGUGUGGAAAUCUGAAUGCUCUCUCAGAGAAAGUGAGACCCCAGGGUGUGAGUGUCAUUGUUAGAGAUUCAGUGUCUAAUAUUCCACUUGAAGAGAUUCCAUCUCAGGAUUCUGACACAUUUCCUGAUGAAGAGCGAGUGCCAACAGGCAGAUCCACAAACCAAGCAUCAGACACAACAAUGGAAGGUGUCUUUAGCAUCUCAGUACCAUUAGUUGAAACUCACAUGGACACAACUACAACCAACCAACAUUUUGGUUCACCAGAUAAAGCAGAGUCAAGAUGUCAUAGUAGUCCAAAGUGUCAGACAAUCACUCCAGAGAGUAAUACAGCAUUUUCUUUGCUACAUGGAUCCUUUGGUUCCUUUACUCCUAAAUGUAAAGCCAAGGAUUCCAGAACAAAUAGAGUUUGUCAAGACAAGGUAGAAAAUACUGGUUCAACAUCUGAACCAGAGAUACUGCAGCCUCAGACUGAAGGUCUAAAAAAGGGUGAUGUGAAUCCUGUGACUGACAGACUUGUUGAUGAACCAAAGAAUAAAGAUGCCUUUAGAGGACAGCAGUGUGUUGUUUGUAACUCAGGGGGAGAAGAUGAGGAAGAAAAGGUGGAAAAGAAAGCAAACAAGAGAGGUGAAGAGAAAGAUGAGAACAAAAAAGAAACAAAAAUCUCUCCUGCACAGAAUAACCCAGACCAUUUUGCAUAUCACCCCCAUAAGGGGGAAUUUUGCACUGAUAAACCAAUUGCUGCUAAGAAGGGAAGAAGAGGGCAGAACAGGACAUCCCAGGCGGGCAGUUCACCUGACUCUAGCCCUGAAUCUGUUAAUAAUCCAAAGAAACCUUCUGUUUCAUUGAAUACAACAGCAGAUAGAUUGUCAAAGGGGAUUGCAGAGAAUCCUAAAACUAAGAUAGGCCAAAAGACAAACAGCAAAGCUUCAUCACCAGACUGUGAACAGAGGAUAUGUGGGAAAGAUGAAGCUGAAUCUGGUUCACAUAUGCAGGGGGUUAAUAAUCCUAGUCCUGAUGUCAGAAGUCCUAGCCAUGGAGCCUGCAAUUCAACCACACAUACCCCAGACAACCUCAAUGUUGUGGAGGCAAUGAACCAAGAAUUACAUUCAAGACAGGAAAUGCUUGAUAACAGACCACUAUCUGGUAGCCAGAGGGGAACCACUGUGGACAUUAAUGACAAUAACGUUGAUGUUGGCCACGGUCUGUUUGCCCAAGAUACCGUAUCGUGCUCAAUGGCUCCACUUUCUUCCUCAGCAUCUCCUGUUUCCUCCUCUUCCCCUGUACCUUGUGCCUCAAUAGAGACAGAGGAUGAUCUUUCCACACCUGUGCAGGAAUCCCAACCUGUCUUCUUAGCCCCGCAACAGGCUUCUCUGUCUGUGUGCCACGCCACCCCUACCCUUUGCUCUACUGCCCCCACAGCACAACAAGCCCCCGAUUACCAAAUUCCUCCUAACAACAACCUCCUAGAGGUCACUGUUGUCCUUUCAACAUCAACUACAUCUGCCACAAGUGUCUCGUCACCCUCAUUCUCCACAGCCAUGCCAUUAAGUCUGUCCCAGCCUACCCAGGAAUCGUCUUCAUCUGGAUCAGAGACUCUUGAUUCAGCAUGUGUUCCAGACCCUAUUUCCUGUUCUCCGCCUCAGUCCUGUUCACACUCUCAAUCUAAUCUCAACAUCCAGCCUCACAAACAAAUGAAGCAAGGUUGUACAUGGAGCACACAAGACAGGAGCAGAGAUCCCAGUUUGGCUGAGGAGGAGACGGACAGUAAGGAUGAUGGUGGACUGUCUCCACGUGGGCACAGAUCCCAGCCUAGAGGAGUCGCAGGAGACAGAAAUGCAUCCAUGCAGAAAGAGUUUGGUCCAUUAAACCAACAGGAAAUACAUCAUUACUCUGCUCAGCAAAUAACCGACAGAGAGUCAGGCUGUCCCAUCAACCACAGCCACAAGAUUUCUGAGGAGAUCGACCUAUCCUUCAAAAACAAUUAUUCCAUACUGGCUUCCUGUAAUGAGUCUGAGAGUGAGGGGUCAGUGCCUGAGUUAGAGGACCCAGAGCCACUGAGACCAUUGGCGCCCCAGUCUAUCUCCUCUGCAGAUGAAGGGCUGAACAGACCAAAACAGAGCCGCAGUGAGAAGAAGGCCCGCAAGGCCAUGUCUAAACUGGGUCUGAAGCCGGUCCAUGGUGUGACCAGAAUCACCAUUAGGAAGUCCAAGAGUAUCUUGUUUGUCAUCAGUAGGCCAGAUGUAUUCAAAAGCCCUGCAUCAGACAUUUAUAUUGUAUUUGGAGAGGCAAAGAUUGAGGACCUUUCGCAGCAGGCUCACAAAGCAGCUGCAGAGAAAUUCAAGGUACCUGUGGCCUCUUCUCCCCUGGCUCCACCUGUCCCACCCAGCCUCACCAUUAAGGAAGAGAGUGAAGAGGAGGAAGAGGAGGUGGAUGAGGGAGGUCUUGAGCAGCGAGACAUUGAGCUGGUGAUGGCUCAGGCCAAUGUGUCCCGAGCCAAGGCUGUCCGUGCACUGAAACACAACAAGAAUGACAUUGUGAAUGCUAUCAUGGAGCUGACCAUGUGAGUGGAGGACAUUUUGAAUCCUGACCCCCUUCUUCUAGCCUAUAAAGCCUAGACGCCACUGACUCUUCUGUAUCGCUGCUACUGUAUGUUGCAUCCCCAAUAUCUGCUAAAUAAAGUCUGUUCCAGUGUGGGCUGUGACUGCACCAUGAGACUGAUUUUAGUGAAAACACUGCACAUAGGUGGUGGUUGGUGUUUUAACAUCAGGAGAAGCACAUUUCUUAACUUUCUGCAAAUUCACAAAGCCUGAAUUAAAAAUGUUCCUCUUAUUCAAUAUUCUGGGUUUAGACUGGGAAUUUACAUACAGUACAAAAUAUAAUAUUGAAAAUAAUACAAAUCUGACAACUCCCAUGCUUUUUUUUAUUUAUUUAUUUUUUUGCCAGUCUCCCACUCUCCUACCAGCUUAGAAAUUUUGUUUGGCCUGUUACUGCUAGUGUCCAAAAGCCAAAAGUAAACAUUUAGAAAAAUCAUUACAUCCUAUCUAAAUGUAGAACUUAAUAUUAAAUAUUUAAAAGUUAUCUUAAAAGGUGAAAACAAAGUGAACAUUCAACAAAGACAUUGAAUCACUCUCAAACCAAUCAAUAACCAUAGUCUAAAUUAUUGAUUUUUGUUGCUGCUACAGGUUAACACCCUAACAUUUUCAAAUGUUAACGGCUUGUCAUGACACACAGUUUAUAUAUAGGCUGGGUGGAAUAUAGGCACGGCCUAGAGUACAAAUUUCAGGGUUUUUUUUUUUUUUUUUUGCUGCAUUGUAAGAUUACCACUACCUAUAACGUAGUUGUGACUUUUUGCAGAGACAUUAAAGAUAUAUUUUGUGUU